AUGAGUCGCUCUCGCGCAUCGAUCGAAGAGCCUCUUCUCUCUCCAUCAUCUUCAACAUCCAGCUUCGCCGAAGCUGUCGAAUCAAGUGCCGACGAUCCCAGUUGCCCAUCUCCAGAAGAUCCACCCACUAACGAUGACGGCCCAUCUCCCACAGCCCAGCCAGGCGUCCUCGCCAUCGAAGCCACAACGCAAGCCUGGACAGGACAUUCCCUAACAACAGCCUACAUAAUGAUCUGGUUCAUCUACUUCGUCGAAACACUGCUAGCCGGCACAACAGCAGCGCUCAUACCAUACGUCACAUCAGCCUUCUCCAUGCACUCGUUCACGCCCACCGUCAGCAUCCUCAGCAACGUAGUCGGCGGAGUGACCAAUUUGACGAUUGCCAGAAUCAUCGAUGUCUUUGGGCGACCGCAUGGCUUGAUAUUAUGCGUGUGUCUCGGAACACUGGGGUUGCUCAUCAUGACAAUAUGCGAGGGCGUCGCUGUGUACGCGGCGGCAAUGAUAUUCCAUACGGUGGGAAAUAAUGGCGUGCAGUAUAUACUGGCAGUCUUCAUCGCUGAUACGACAAAGUUGGAGAACAGGGCGCUGAUGCAGGCCCUUAUGAACUCGACUGGUCUGAUUACGGGAUGGGUAGCUGGGCCGUUGGCUCAACGGUACCUUGGUGGCUUGGGAUGGCGGUGGGCGUUUGCCAUGUUCAGUGCACUCGUUCCGCUUGUUACGCUGCCGCUGUUUGGGCUGCUGAUGUGGAAUUACAAGAAAGCGAAGAGAAUGGGACUUGUGCGCGAGCGCAAGACCGGUCGCAAUGCUCUGCAGUCUGUGAUACACUACAGCCGGGAGUUUGAUGCGAUCGGCUUGUGCUUAGUGUCGGCGGGCGUUACCCUUUUCCUGCUGCCGUUCAACCUACACACGUUGGCGGGCAACGAUUGGGCGUCGCCAAUGGUGGUCGGCAUGUUCGUAGUCGGCAUUGGUCUUCUCAUCGCAUUCGCAUCGUGGGAAAGCUCUUUUGCGCCCAUCCGCCUUCUUCCAUACAGCUUACUCAUGGAUCGAACCGUCUUCGGCGCAUGUCUCCUAUGCACAUGUCUCUUCGGCAGCUACGCCGUUUGGAACAGCUACUUCGGCUCAUACCUGCAAGUCGUGCAAGGCCUUAGCGUGGAAGAAGCGAGCUACGUCGCGCAAGCCUACACCGUGGUCAGCGUGGUAUUCGCGGUCUUGGCCGGCUACAUCAUUCAUCGCACUGGCCGCUUCAAAACCGUUUCGCUCGUCAUUGGUAUCCCGCUCAGCAUGCUGGGUCAGGGUCUCAUGGUCCUCUUCCUCGCUCCAGGGAACACCGGCUAUAUCAUCGUGUGCUUCCUCCUCAUCUCCGUUUCACAGGGCGUCCUCGUCGUUACGGAUGAGAUCGCUAUCCUGGCCGCCGGGUCACAUGAGCAUGUCGCCGCAAUGCUAGCUCUCGUUAGCAUCUUCGGCAACAUCGGCGGGGCAAUCGGUUUGACUAUCGCCGCCUCGAUCUGGUCGGACGUGCUUCCAAGUCGACUUCGGCAGUAUCUGCCUACGGAGGAGCUGCCAGAUCUUCACAAGAUCUUUGGGGAUCUGGCGAAGCAACUGUCUUAUCCGGUCGGCUCGCCCGCGCGCAUCGCUAUUCAGCAUGCAUAUGAAGACGCGUUGUCUCGGCUUCUGCUCGUGAGUACGGGUAUCUGGGUCCUCGGCGCUGUUGGGGUGUUGAUGUGGCGGAAUAUCAAUGUUAAGCAGGUUCAACAGAGCAAGGGCCAUGUCUGGUGA